GGGGGCCGCAGUGGCUUUAAAGCGCCCAGUCCGGGCGGCGCGGGGCGGGGCUGCUCUCCCGACUGCGGGGCGCGGGGCGCGGGGCGCAGGGCGCAGGGUCCGAGCGGGGUCCCCGGAAGCACAGCUGGGGCGCCUCCGCCUACGGCCGGCCGCGCGCCUCUUCUCUCCCGCGCCAGGGAAGAAGCGGCUACGGCCCCCACCGGGCGGAGGCACGGGGGGCAUACCGGGGACGGAGGGGUCCGCGUCGUGAGGAGAUGGCGCGGCACGUGCGGUGACGGCGCCCGCGCCCAGAGGGUCCCAGCCCCGCGCCUCGCGUCCCCGGGACAGCAUGGAGCGCCCGGAGCCCGAGCUGAUCCGGCAGAGCUGGCGGGCUGUGAGCCUCAGCCCUCUGGAGCACGGCACAGUCCUGUUCGCCAGGCUGUUUGCACUGGAGCCUGAUCUGCUACCCCUCUUCCAGUACAACUACCGCCAGUUCUCCAGUCCAGAAGACUGUCUCUCCUCGCCUGAGUUCCUGGACCACAUCAGGAAGGUGAUGCUCGUGAUUGAUGCUGCAGUGACCAAUGUGGAAGACCUGUCCUCACUGGAGGAGUACCUUGUCAGCCUGGGCAGGAAGCACCGGACAGUGGGUGUGAAGCUCAGCUCCUUCUCGACAGUGGGCGAGUCUCUGCUCUACAUGCUGGAGAAGUGUCUAGGUCCUGCCUUCACACCAGCCACUCGGGCUGCCUGGAGCCAGCUCUACGGGGCGGUGGUGCAGGCCAUGAGUCGAGGCUGGGACGGCGAGUAAGAGGAGCACAGGCCAAGGUGGGGGUGAGAUGGCCGAGCUUCCAGCACCUUCCAUCCUGCCUUCCCAGCCCUUCCACUGCUCUCCUGCCCCAGAACGGCUUGCUAUUCACAAAUAAAGAGAAAGAGCAGCUUUAGCCUUCUUGGUGGAAUCCCAGGCAGUGGGAGCCGAAUCAGAACCACCAGGGAAGGGAAGGGGGCCUGGGUCUCAAUGGGGCUCACUUGAGUCCCAAGGGCUGUGCAGAUACUCUGACAGUCAGUUUCCCUCUGCAGCAUUCCCUUCCCCUCAUUCAGCACUUCUGAGGGAGCUCCUGGACUCUUCUGCAGCUGUGGGAACCCAGCUAGCAGGCCAGGUGGGGUGGGGCUGGGGACCGGCCAGGAAGGAGGGGCGACUUCAUCCCAGAGAGACCUGAGUUCCCCCAGCCCUUCAUCAGCAACCCAGCCCUGCAGGAGUGAGUCUCACCUCCCUUGGCCCUCCUUUCUGCCCCAGCCUGCAGCGACUGGGAGGCCACAGUGCCUCAGAUUCACGGCCCGCUCUGUGCCUGUACUCAGGCAGCUGGAGGGAAGAGAAGGCAGCCGCAGAGGCCUCUGCCCUCACCCCAGCUGUCUGCACUUCAACCGUUUGCUCUGUGCUGUGGUCUAUAAACUCAUGAGAAACAAACGUUCUGUGUGCCUCUCUGA